AUGUUAACCAGUACUAACUGACUGUGACAUAAUUGACAAGUGAGACGUGCAGAACUGAAAGGGCGAAGAAUAAAAUCUCUCUUGAUUUAACCAUAAUAUAAUUGGACUCAAAAGGCGCUCGAACAACGCGCGCGCGCACACGCGCACACACACACACACACACACACACACGACCCUGCCUCUCCAGUGGGGAACACAACUCUCAUGCUUUCACUCAGGUCCGGUAGCGCAUCUGAUGAUAAACGAACGCGCACGAGUCCGCUCUUUGAGAAUCUGUGCAUCUACGUGGGAAACAACUAAAACGCAUCCCUCCCUGUGGCAAAAGGUCUCUGAAAGCAGUAUUCCAGGAUGGAUGGCAGUGGUGGUGAAUGGCUCAGCACUCCGGUGACCUCGUCUUGCUUGGAAAACGUUACAAUGGAAAAUUCCAGCUUGGGUCAAAUCUACGAAGUCAUGCUGCAGUCGACGAACACGACUAAGCGCAAUCCUCAGUUUGUUGGCGUGGAGCUCCUUCAGUCUUUUAAACCUCUCAUCAUCCCGUGCUACGCUCUUGUGGUCCUUGUGGGAGUUUUCGGGAACUAUCUGCUGCUUUACGUCAUCUGCCAUACCAAAAAAAUGCACAACGUGACCAACUUCUUCAUCGGUAACCUGGCAUUUUCUGACAUGCUGAUGUGUGCCACCUGUGUGCCCUUUACCCUGGCAUAUGCUUUUAAUCCUCGUGGGUGGGUUUUUGGAAGAUUCAUGUGCUACCUGGUGUUCCUAAUUCAGCCUGUGACGGUGUAUGUGUCAGUAUUCACACUGACAGCCAUUGGAGUGGACAGAUACUACGCCACAGUUCAUCCACUGAAGAAGCGCAUAUCAGUUCUGGCCUGCACGUACCUUCUUUCUGGGAUCUGGAUUCUGUCAUGUGGUCUGGUUGCUCCUGCUGUGGCCCACACGUACCAUGUGGAGUUCAAGGAUGAAGGUUUCACCAUCUGCGAGGAGUUCUGGAUGGGUCAGGAGAGAGAGCGACUAGCCUACGCUUACAGCACACUCUUCAUCACCUAUGUUCUUCCACUGUCUGCUCUUUGCAUCUCCUACUUGUGCAUUUCGGUGAAGCUUCGCAAUUGUGUGGUGCCAGGUCAUCGUACCCAGAGCCAAGCGGAAGCCCAGAGGGCUCGGAAACGCAAGACGUUUCGCCUGGUGUCCUUGGUCGUUGCUGCUUUUGGGAUCUGCUGGCUACCAAUAAGCGUCUUCAAUGUUCUUCGGGAUAUUGAUAUAGACCUGAUUGAUAAGCGCUACUUCCUGUUGAUCCAGCUGUUGUGUCACUUGUGUGGGAUGAGUUCAUCUUGUUGUAACCCGUUUUUAUAUGCAUGGCUGCAUGACCGCUUCAGGGCGGAAUUGCGAAAGAUGUUUACCUGCCAUCGACGGAUUGGCAUCGGGAUUCCUGCUAACAACUGUGCCACUGCUAGCGUGGUUCUCUGAUAGAAAAUGAGCAGGUUGAGUUAGUUCAAAGACCACCAAGGCUAGCAGAACAAGAUUUUAGAAUGGAGAAAGUACAUCGGUCCUGGCCGUAGCUCCGCCAUCUGUAAAGUUCCUCCAUGUGCAUCUUGUUCUAGAUGGACACAGAUGGCCCUUCUUGGAAGUUCAAGCCAUGUUUGCUGAUGAGAAAGCUGUUGGAUUAAGCCACAAGAUUUGACCAUGCUGUCUGUGAUUUGAAUUUGAAUUACUUAAAAAAGGAAACAGGCUUUGGAUGUUGGUCUCAUCACAGAGAAAGGUCCCUAAAAAACUGAAACAGAACUUCUGACACCCAACUUUCAGAAGAGUAAACGAUUCAGCUUUAAAAGUGUAGUACAGCUUAUAUAAAUGCCUUUUCACUGCAUGUGUUUAUAUGAGAUGGUAUUGAAAGUAUAUUUACAUUGAAACUUUUAUUUUAGCAACAGAUGUAAAUAAUACAGAAGUAAAUAACAGAGGUAAAUAAUAAUGAAACUAUAUUGAAUAUUGAACUAAUUGGUUGUUUUCAAACCUUUUAAGCCUUUUAUGUUUUUUGUGCUUUUAUGUUUUUUGUGCAUACUUCUUUUUAAUAAAGUAUGCAAAAAAGCAUAAACUUAUUGUCUUUAUAUACAAAGCAAAAUUAGUCUGGGCAAACAAAAAGAUAUUUUCAAUUCGCAGGAAAUAAUAUGACUCUAUUAAUGUUGUAAUGUAAUUAAAAUCGUUUGUUUGAAAUCUACUUUUCCCUGAAGCAAACAAGGAACAAAACUAAAAGUUCAGAGAGGAAAGUGUCAAAAUGUGUCAGGCGUGAAAAAGUUUUGGGCCGUAUCACUGGUGAUUUUGACUGUACAAUUUUGUAUAAAUUCAUGUAAUGUGCAAUGUCGCAUCAAUAAACAAUGUCUGGACUGGAUGUUGUUUUAUACUGAGACUUUUCAGCAUGAUCACUAUCAUCACAUUGACGGAGAUAGGAAAAGUUAUAUUUUCAAGAGAAAAUAAAUU